UGGAACGAUCCCUCCUCAAAUUGGGAAUCUUUCUAACUUGCUUUAUCUUGAUCUCUCUGGGAAUCCCCAAACAGCUUCAAAUAUAAAUUGGCUCUCCGGUCUCUCUUCCCUAAAAUACCUCAAUUUGAAUGUCGUGAACCUUUCCGAAGCAACUACUGAUUGGCUUCAAACUGUUAAUUUGCUCCCUUCUCUGCUGGAGUUGCACUUGUCCGAUUGUGAACUUCAUUAUCUCCCUCAAAAUUUUCCCUCUGUCAACUUUACGUCACUUUCAGUACUUGAUCUCUCUCAUAAUGACUUCAACUCCUCUACAAUUCCUCAAUGGGUGUUCAAUUUCACUUCCCUCACAAAUCUCCAACUUAUCUAUUGUAAUCUCACAGGCUCCAUCCCUAAGAUUGCAAAGGGUAACCUAUGCAAAUUGCAGACUUUGGAUUUAUCAGAAAAUAAUUUCAGUGGCGAAAUAACAGAAUUUUUCCAGGCCUUAUCGGAAUGCAGUAACAGUAGCCUAGAGGAGUUAAAUUUGAGCGGGAACCAACUCAUUGGGAAUAUCCCACAUUCUUUGGGGAAUUUAAAACGUUUGAGAAAACUGAAACUUCACAGCAACACAAUCUCCGGUUCAAUUCCAUCAUCUAUACAAAAUUUUGUCCCGUUUGGAGAUACUGUACCUCGAAGACAACAAGAUGAAUGGAACCAUCCCAGAAUCAAUUGGACAACUUUCUGAGUUGAGAGAGUUGCGUCUCUCCGGGAAUUACUGGCAAGGUAUCAUGACUGAAACUCAUUUCCUAAAUCUCACAAAAUUGUAUGUUUUUUCCUUGUCAUCAUCAUCUAGUAACCUUUUAGUUUUCAAUGUGACACAUGACUGGAUUCCUCCUUUUAGUCUACAAUAUGUCUAUAUUUUGGACUGUCAAUUGUACCCUACAUUCCCUGCAUGGCUUAGAACACAGAAGGAACUCACAGAGAUCCAUUUAGUAAAUACUGCAAUUUCAGAUACAAUACCGAAUUGGUUGUGGAACUUGUCUUCACAACUUACGGUGUUGGAUCUUUCUCAUAACAAAUUAAUGGGAAACCUCCCCAAGUCAUUAAACAUCUCUUCCGUACCGUCGGUACUUCUAGAUUUUAAUCAUUUAGAGGGUCCACUACCACUAUGGCCUAAUGUGACAAGGCUUUCUUUGAGAAGCAAUUUACUUUCUGGACCAAUACCGAUAAGAAUCAGCCAAGAAAUGUCGCACUUGAGUACUUUAGAUCUCUCUGGCAACUUUCUAAAUGGUAGCAUCCCAUCAUCCAUAAAUGGACUAGGACAAUUGAAGUAUCUUGUUCUAUCAAACAAUUGUUUAUCCGGAAAUAUCCACAACCACUGGAAGAGUAUGCAAAGUCUGGUCUUCAUAGAUCUGUCCAAGAAUAAUCUAUCUGGUGGCAUUCCAAGCUCAAUGUGCUCACUACCUUCUCUUAUGUGGUUGCAAUUGAGUAACAACAAUUUUUCUGGGAACCUCUCUUUAUGCCUGAAAUUUGUUCCAGGCAUAUCACUAUUAACACUUGAUCUUGGUGAGAAUAGAUUGUCAGGGACCAUACCAAAAUGGAUUGGAGAAAGACUUCCGUUCAUAACAAUAUUAAGCUUAAGAGGAAAUAUGCUCUUUGGAAAAAUUCCUAAACAAUUGUGUGGUGCCACUUAUAUCCAUGUCUUGGACCUUGCCCAAAAUAAUUUCUCAGGAUCUAUUCCAUCGUGUUUUGGUAGUUUGGCUGGUCACAAGUAUUUCUAUGACAACACAUAUGCAGAAAUCACAAAGCAUAUGGAUUUGGUUGUUAAAGGAAGACAAUAUGAAUACUACAAUCAAAUCUCAAAUGUUAGUCUCAUGGAUUUUUCGAAAAAUAGUCUUUCAGGAGAGAUCCGAACAGAACUAACAAAUUUGAUCUUAUUGAAUUCAUUGAAUUUGUCAUGGAACCAUUUGACGGGAAUGAUACCAGAGAAUAUUGGAGCUUUGCGCCAAUUAGAAUCUCUUGACCUCUCUUGUAACCAUCUUUCAGGUCACAUUCCUUCAAGCAUGUCUUCUAUGACUUUUUUGAGCCAUUUGAACUUGUCAUAUAACAACUUAUCUGGACAAAUUCCAUCAUCCAACCAAUUUCAAACCUUCAAUGAUCCAUCCAUUUAUGUCGGUAACCCUGAACUUUAUGGGCCUCCUCCAUUGCCAACAAGUGUCUCAACGCCAAGUGACAGGAAUGCAAAACAUAAAGAUCAAGAAGAUGUACAUGUACAUAUUGAUGCUUGUUGAUAAAGAAGUCUUGGAGACAUGCUUACUUCUGUUUUGCUGAUAAAGUGAAAGAAAAGCUUUUAGUGGUCAUUGUAAUGAAAAUGGUUUGUCUGCAGAGGAAGAUUCAAGCAGGAAGUCACUGAGAUUAGGCUAAUGUGAUCAAGCAGUGUAAUAUAUAUGUAUUGUACUAGUUCUUUGGUUGUCAUGUAUUGUACUUAAUAUUUUUGCUUAAGCUUUUUGGUUAA